AUGGAUCCUCCAGAUCAAGCACAGGCUUCUGAGCUCCGUGAACUGCGGAUGGAGUUGCUGGGCGCUGUUCAACAGCUUUCUGCGCGAUGCUUGUAUCAUGCAUCUAAAUGGGUGGCUGAGGCCUUAAACUCUCUCAACUUACCGCCUGAUUUAGACGACAAUGGGAAACCUGUGUACGCUGCAUCGCCUUUGCCGCCUGGUCCUGCCAUGACUGAUAAGGAGAUUUUGGCCAAGACGUUUUUUGACAGCCAUGAAUAUGAUCGAUGUGCAUACGUGCUGCGAGAUGCCCAAUCACCCACAGGUCUCUUUUUGAAGCUAUACUCGAGAUAUAUUUCUGGAGAAAAGAAGAAGGAAGAAGAACAUGAAGGAAUUUUAAGCCCCAAGGACGGAAACAGUCCCAACCGCCAGAUUGUGACCAUCGUCAAGGAGCUCGACGAAUACUUCCAGACACAUGAGGAAGAUGCUUACUUGUUAUAUUUACAUGGAGUUGCAUUGAUUCACCAGAAAAAUGAAAGGGAGGCGUUACAGCGGCUGGUACGCUCGGUAACGCUGAUGCCAUAUAAUUGGAGUGCAUGGCAAGAAAUUUACACUUGCUUGGAAAGCGUUGGCCGUCUCCACGAACUGAUACCAUCAUUACCUCGUCAUUUGAUGACUCGAAUUUUCACUGUAUAUGCUCACCAAGAGUUCUUCCAGCACGACGAGAUUGACGUUGAGGAAAUAAACGAUAUUUUGGGAUUCAUGCCUGGGUUCCAUUUCCUUAUGACACAAAAGGCAAUGAUUCAUUACCAUGGACUCGAGUACGAAGAAUCAGAACAAGAGUUUGAACAAGUAUUGCGUGCGGAUCCGCACCGUUUGGACGAUAUGGACACAUACUCCAACAUUUUGUACGUGAUGGAGCGGCGCCCUAAACUCGCGUUUUUGGCCCAACUGGCAUCGCUCACUGACAAGUUUCGACCAGAAACGUGCUGCAUUGUGGCCAACUAUUACUCACUAAAAUCUGAGCAUGAGAAGGCAAUUACUUAUUACCAGCGUGCUUUGACUCUUAACCGCAACUGCUUGUCGGCCUGGACACUUAUGGGCCACGAGUUUGUGGAACUUAAGAAUACCCAUGCGGCUAUUGAGAGUUAUCGACAUGCUAUUGAUGUCAACAAGAAGGAUUUCCGAGCCUGGUACGGGUUAGGCCAAGCGUACGAAGUUCUUGACAUGAAUUAUUACUCACUGUAUUAUUAUCAACGUGCUGCUGCAAUCAAACCUAUGGAUGCUCGUAUGUGGCAAGCGUUAGGCAAUUGCUUUGAACGGUUAGGAAAGAAUGCUGAGGCGAUCAUGACUUACCGGCGCGCGUUGAGUUUGUCUGAAUUGCACGACCCCACAAUUCUUCUGCGGCUGGCACUAAUUGAAGAGAAAAAUGGCGACAAGGAGCGCGCGGCGGACUACAUGCGGCAGUGCUUACUAGGUCCAGCAGCAGCAGCUGCGGCGGAGGCCUCUGUGACCCAAAACGAGGAUGCAAAUGGGGAUACCAGGGGCGAAGAGCAUGCCGAGGGUGGCGAAGGAUCUGCUGAGCAACAAUCUCAGGCGCAACAACAACAUCAACAACAACAACAACAACAACAACAACAGCAGCAGCAGCAGCAGCAGCAGCAGCAGGAAUUUGACUAUGAAGGUCUUGCGGUGGACGAGAAGAACGUUGCACGGUUAUGGCUGGCACGGUACGAGAUGAGUCGCGAAAACUGGAGGCUGGCAAAUGAAUAUGCUCGCGGGUUCCAGCAUGGAACCCCAUCAGAACUUGCAGAGGCGCGAUCUAUUGUCAAGGAUACAGAUAGUCGGUUGUUUGGAGCUUCAGCAGAAUCAUCUGCUGGACCUACUGGUAAUGGCAGCGGUGGCACAAGGAGUAGUGGGGGAAUUGGCAGUGCUAACCAUAGGGGUGCUGGAGGAUACAGUGGAGGCAGUAGCGGAAGUCGGUCGUCAAACCAGCGAGCAUCUGGGGCUGGUUUGUGGGAAUAG